CCAGUUUUCUUCACCUCAAACUGAGACAUGACUUAUGUACACUCACUCAUGUUGCUCCUGCUUGGAGUAGUGGUUCUCACUACUACUCCAGUGUUAGCUAAUUUCUUUCCACCCAUUUAUGAGCCUCCCCCAAUUGAGAAACCACCCAUAUUUGAACCUCCACCCACCUAUGAGCCUCCCCCAACUGAAAAGCCACCACCAUUAUAUAAGCCUCCAUUCUACCCUCCACCACUGUACCAGCCUCCAUAUGAGAAGCCACCACCAGAGUAUCAACCUCCUCAUGAAAAACCACCACCAGAGUAUCAGCCACCUCAUGAGAAGCCACCACCAGAAUACCAACCACCUCAUCAAAAACCGCCACAUGAGAAGCCACCGCCAGAGUACAAACCGCCUCAUGAGAAGCCUCCACCAGAGUACCAACCACCUCAUGAAAAGCCACCAGUGUAUGAACCUCCUCACGAGAAGCCACCACCAGUGUAUGAACCUCCUCACGAGAAGCCACCACCAGUAUAUGAGCCACCUCAUGAGAAGCCACCACCAGUGUACGAACCACCUCAUGAGAAGCCACCACCAGUGUAUGAACCACCUCAUGAGAAGCCACCACCAGUGUAUGAACCACCUCAUGAGAAGCCACCACAUGAGAAACCACCACCAGUGUAUGAACCUCCACAUGAGAAACCACCUCAUGGAAAGCCACCACCAGUAUAUGAACCUCCACAUGAGAAACCACCACAUGGAAAGCCGCCACCAGUAUAUGAACCUCCACAUGAGAAACCACCACCAGUGUAUGAACCUCCACAUGAGAAACCACCUCAUGGAAAGCCACCACCAGUAUAUGAACCUCCACAUGAGAAACCACCACAUGGAAAGCCGCCACCAGUAUAUGAACCCCCUUAUGAGAAGCCACCACCAGUGUACCAGCCUCCUCAUGAGAAGCCACCCAUCUACAAGCCUCCUUAUGAAAAACCACCCAUUCACAAACCCCCAUUCGAGAAACCACCCAUUUACAAACCUCCAUUCGAGAAACCACCCAUUUACAAACCUCCAUUCGAGAAACCACCCAUUUACAAACCUCCAUUCGAGAAACCACCCAUUUACAAACCUCCUUUCGAGAAACCACCAGUAUACGAGCCACCUCCUUUGGUGAAGCCACCACCAUUUGAAAAGCCACCCUUUUACAAACCUCCUUUCGAGAAACCACCGCUUUACGAGCCACCUCCUUUGGUGAAGCCACCGAUCUACAAUCCCCCACCUUAUGGCCACUAUCCACCAUCCAAGAAAAACUAAUAAUAACCAGUGGCGAGUGUGACAUGCAUGUUUUCGUCUACUCAACGUUAGAGCAGUCGUUUGUCAUAUAAAGUUUUUUGUUUGCGUUUAUUAGGAAGCACUUUUAAGAUGCCAAUUGAAGUACAAUCCGCCACUUCUGCGUGUAGUAGUUCUUCAAAAUAAAGGCUAUAUUCCUCUGUGUACUUAAUAACUUCAAUUUCCCUUUUCAGCAAUGAUAUUGUAGUGUCAAUUAUUAGUGGCAAAAUCUAUGACUACAAUCAGUUUAAUUUUCUUUGUGCUUAAA